AUGGACAGGGAUCGCGAGCGAGAUCGUGAUCGUGAUCGAGGAGACAGAAGAGACGAUAGGUAUUCAAACACAUACCGUCCACGUUCCCCCGGGCCACGCCCACGCUCUCCGCGCGGAGACAGCUAUCGUGCUCGCUCACCUCCCUUCCGUCGAGCAAGUCCGCCUCGCCGUAGCUCUCCACCUCGUCGCGGUAUAGCCUCCGCCGAUACCUACGUCCCUGGGGGCCGCUCUUCCCGUCCGCGAAGCCGCUCGCCUGCGUUCCGAAGAAGGUCACGAAGUCCACGUCGCGACGACAACUGGAGGGCACGACCUCGGUCUCCUCCUCGUCGAGGAUUCUCACCCAGACGUGAUGACUACAGAAACGACAGGCCAAGAUCACCGCGACGGGACCGGGAUCAAUACGAUUCGUACGCUCGUUCUCCACGGCCACGCGAAAGGUCGCCAUUACCUCUGCGAGAACGUGAUGUGUCUCCAGCAAGGAGCCGGGGGAUGCGCUCACCUAUUCGCUCAAGCCGAUAUGAAGAGCCACGUUCCCGGGUGAAUAGCCCUCCCCCACGACGGUACUCUCCGCCACGAGACUAUAGGCGCAGAUCACCUUCGUUGAGACGCGAACGCCCCGACCCUUAUACUGCCGAUACUUGGAGGAGUCGUAGGUCUCCUUCUCCAGCGCGGCCAACCUACACUUCAAAUGAGCCAUCGGGCAGAGACUCUGCCGCUACCUCGCGCCGCUCUUCCCCACCACCUAUCCAUCCCAGUCGGGCCGCACUCGUAGAAGAACUCCCUGUCAGAGAACCUGCUUCAGCACCAAGAUCACCCUUUCGAGAGCGGCUUCCGGACAGGGGCCGAGACUUUAGUCGUGAGCGAGAACGGUCCCCCCCACGCCGCAGAGAGAGUCCUCCGACUGGGCCGCGUGGGGACCGAGACUUUGCGCCUCCAACAGGCCCUUCUUCAUCAUAUCGCAAUGGUGAAGGCAACUUUGCUAGAGCGCCGCCAACUGGCCCUUCCAGUCGCAGCUAUCCUUCGCCUGCCAUAUCCCCACCAGCUGGACCAUCAAACUCAGCAGCACCUCCUCCCGCAUUUCCUCGAGGAAGCAACCCCGUUUUAGCGGCUCCAACGCGGCCACGCGGUGGAGGCCGCGGUUUCGGUGGGUACGAAGGACGAGGAGAUUUCUCUGGAUCCUCUUCACGUAGAGGGUCAUGGGGCGCAGGACCUCGGGGAGGCUACUAUGGUGGCGCACCAUCCGGUCCUCGUGGUAGCAGCAGCGGUCCCGGUGGAGCAGCGCCUUUUGCACCCUCUUUCCGCGGCUCAAACAACUCCACCGCUACAACAUAUCCACGCACAAUGCGCUUCCGUGAUCAUCUAGCCGAUCUACCCAAGGAAAUUCCUGGAGGCCAGAAAGCCCCUGAGAUGUACGACAAGAGUAAGAUUCUGAAACUAGAAGCAGAGGCACAGAAGCUCAGGGAGUUGAUUGACAAAAAGGAGGAUGCAAAGAGGCAGAAGCUGAGGGAGUGGGAUGGUCUUGAACGUGAAGCUGAGACGGCUCAAUUGAAGGUGGAUUUGGCUGAAAGCUCGCUGAGAGGUCUCACUGGCGAAGCAGAUGUGCGCGACGCCUUCUAG